AUGGCCGCGGCAGCACUCAUGAGCCCGGCUACUGCCUAUCACCCGCACAACACAGCAUAUCCACCAACAUAUCUGCAUCACUCUCCAGCUCCAAUGCCGGGCAUCCUCAACCAGGCCGACGCCCUCAGGAGGACGUCCAAAGACUCGGAGCCAGCUCAACAAAGGCAAUCUCUACCUUCGAUAUCAGAAAUGUUCAACAGUGCAAAACCCACCUAUUCACCGACGACACCGACGACGACGGCCGGCCCAACGAGCCUCCCGCCGCCUCCGCCUCCUCCUCCUCCUCACUCAGCCUAUAGCAAUAAUGCCCCUCCACGACCAGAGCCGCCUGUUGACAACCGGGCACCACCCGCAGUCUUCUCACGGCCGGAGAAUACUGGUCCUGGACCAGCUUAUCAAUUUGGCGAACAUCGCGACUACCAAAAGCCACAAGAGCCUCCUCACCACCACCAGCGCAAUGACAGCUUCUCUGGCUCUCACGGGGCACCGGUCCCAUAUCCCGGCCCCAGUCCUUUGCCUCCUGGCCAACUCCCUCUCUCAUCCCAGGGAGGCCCUCCGAUUUCACCACGUCAUGCAGGUCCACCAAUGGCACCGCAGUAUGAGAACCAAAGGCCACCAGUACCCGCCGAUGAGGAAUACUGUAUUCAGCGCAGAUAUGAUCCUAACCCAUUGAACCGUCAAUUUGAGGCUUGGGGUUAUGGUGAUUGUCUACAAAAGCUCAUGUGGGCCUCGAGGACAAUCUACAAUUUUGCUGAAGCAUAUGCCAAUCUCGCAUCGGAGCAACCAACUGGGCAGCCACACCCUAACCGUUUGCCCACGGACAAGGAAGUGUCUGAGAUGUUGCACAACACGGAUUAUGUGAGAAAGACUCUCGACAGUAUCAGGGAACACGUCCACCACAGCAUUGCUAGCGAAAAGGCCCGCGAGGGAGGCAAGCACAGGGGAUCGUACGACGACGACGAUGUGUCAAUGUACGGCGACGGCAGCAAGCAGCACUAUGGACUUGGCGAAGUCAAGAAGCGCCGUGGACGUGCUGCUCCGCCUGGACGAUGCCACAGCUGCAACAGAAUCGACACGCCCGAAUGGCGCCGCGGACCUGAUGGCGCAAGAACACUCUGCAACGCUUGUGGGCUGCACUAUGCCAAAUUGGAGCGGAAGAGGCAAAUGGAGCAGAGAUCCAUGCGAACUAAAGCCGUCGAAUAA